GAAGUGGGCUCGGGCCCGGGGUUCCCGCUCUCGGCUGAGCACCGUCGCCACGGUGGCGGCCACUGCAUCUCCUCCCACCUCCGCGGCGCUGGGCGCCGUGGUGUCGACGGGUCCCGAACCUAUGCCCGGCCAGAGCCAGCCGGCGGCCGGGUCGUCGGCCUGGAGCACGGUAUUCCGCCACGUCCGGUACGAGAACCUGGUAGCUGGCGUGAGCGGCGGGGUCCUGUCCAACCUGGCGCUGCAUCCACUCGACCUCGUGAAGAUCCGCUUCGCGGUGAGUGAUGGACUGGAACUGAGACCAAAAUAUAAAGGAAUCUUACACUGCUUGACUACCAUUUGGAAAGUCGAUGGACUUCGGGGACUUUAUCAAGGAGUAGCCCCAAAUGUGUGGGGUGCAGGCUUGUCCUGGGGUCUCUACUUUUUCUUUUAUAAUGCCAUCAAAUCAUAUAAGACAGAAGGAAGAACUGAAGGAUUAGAGGCAACAGAAUAUCUCAUCUCAGCUGCUGAGGCUGGAGCCAUGACCCUCUGCAUUACAAACCCAUUGUGGGUGACAAAAACUCGCCUUAUGUUACAGUAUGAAGGUAUUGUUAAUACCUCACCACGACACUACAAAGGAAUGUUUGACGCACUUGUGAAAAUAUAUAAGAAUGAAGGUGUGCGUGGAUUGUAUAAGGGUUUUGUUCCCGGGCUCUUUGGAACGUCACAUGGUGCCCUUCAGUUUAUGGCAUAUGAGUUGCUGAAGGUGAAAUACAACCAGCAGGUCAACAGAUUACCAGAAGCCCAGUUGAGCACAGCAGAAUAUAUAUCUGUUGCAGCACUGUCCAAAAUAUUUGCUGUGGCAGCAACAUAUCCAUAUCAAGUUUUGAGAGCCCGUCUUCAGGAUCAGCACAUGUUUUACAGUGGUGUAAUGGAUGUAAUCACAAAGACAUGGAGGAAAGAAGGCAUUGGUGGAUUUUACAAAGGAAUCGCUCCCAAUUUGAUUAGAGUGACUCCAGCCUGCUGUAUUACCUUUGUAGUAUAUGAAAAUGUCUCCCAUUUUUUACUUGACUUUAGAGGAAACAAAGUUAUGCUAUAAGUCAUAUGAAAUUACACUUCUGCCUAUAUGGAAAGCCAAGGUAUAGUUGAUACUUGGAGUUUUAUGUUACCCCCUCCCCCCAAAAAAAGAAAAAAUGCAUAUGUUCUCUAUGAGAGCAUACAAACUUGCAUUUAAAAAAAUAGGUAUUAAAUAACUAUAGUUCUUUGUUAAGAGUAUGCAAGAAAGUGCUUUAAGAGUUCUGAGAAAGAAGAAAUCUCAUUCAGCAAUAGAUAGUUACUGAGUCAGGGGAAGAAUAAUUUUAUGGGUUUGUCAGGUGUUAAGCCUCACCUUCAGAGCAUUCUGAAAAAUGACUGGGACAGUAAAGGUUGUCCAGUCCAGACGUAAGGGGGCUGGGCAGGAGGUAGCUUAGACCUGAUUUGACAGGGCCUACGUGAUGAUUUAUAGCUUGGGGGGAACUACAGCAGGGUUUACAAAGCAGAAAACAUUUAGCUUGGUCCUUGAAGGAAGAGAUUCUAAAAGGAAUCUCGAGAGAACCUAUGACAGGUUGAGAGCAGAGGUGGCUUGACUUGAACAGUGAAUUGUCAGUGUAGUAAGUAAAAGAACAAGCUGAAAGGUUGGGGCCAGAGAAGUCUUGGAACCUUACUAAGCUGCUGCAGCUUUGUUAGGAAAAUGAGAAAAAAGUAAUUAAAACAAAGAAGCCUACAUCUUAUGAAUGACAGAAAGACCAAUCAAAUAGGUGGAGCAAACUCACAAUUGAAAGCAUUAUCAAUGUGAAUAUUUCGUUAGGAUGAAGUGAUGUCACUGAUAACUUUAAGCUGAUUGAAAUUAAAGAGGCAGUGGACAGAUCACAAGCAGCUAAGGAGAUAGGGGAAACUUCCAAGUAUUCGUUUCACUAUUUCUGAAGUUUGGCAGAUAAAGAAAUAGAACUAGCUUGAAAAAAAGGGACUGAGAGUCCAAAAAGAGGAAAAAGUGUGAGAGGUUAAGCAAAGAGAAAGCCAAAGACUGAACUAUUGGAAAUACAGGUAGAGCCAACAAACAAAAAUAAUUUUGUUGUAGCUGUACAUCAGAGAACAUGAUCUAAGAUGAUUAUGGGUAUUAAUGCCUUGUGAAAGGCAGGUGAUUUCCCACUACAAUAUAUGCUUUUGUGGUCUAAAAUAUUGUAAAAGACUUUACUUUUAUUCUGUCUUCUAAAACUGUUAGAUAGCAUGCAGAAAAUGUGU